GGCCGCCGUGGCCGCUAAAGGGCUUGUGACUGCGACUCCUUCCGCCCGGCCGCUGAGGACCUGUGGGCGGGGCGUGGGUUCAGCUCACCUGGCCGCGCCGCCGUCUUUCCGGCCGGUGUCCUCUCGCCGCCCCCUCCACCUGCUCUUCCCAAACUUUGACUUCUCCUAGCAGCACCCCUUCACAACCCUGGUUCUCCUAUUCCCUGCCAUGCCUUGCCCAUCCCCAGCCAUACGCCUGCGCACCUGCCACCUAUCUUCUCUGGCCAAUCUCACUGUGGGCAGCUCACCUGUCCCGCGUUUCUCCAGAGGCGCCCAGUCUCUUUCUGUUAUCAGCGUGCAUUCUCUAACCUUUACACAAACCUUCUCUCCGGUGUAUGUUUGAGUAGAGCAAACCCCCUCUUUCUAUUGUCUCACACCCAAGGGCUUUCUCUUCGGCUUGGCCAGGCACGUGUCCCUUUUGCCUUCCUCCUUUCCAGACCAUGGACGGCUCCUUCGUGCAGCACAGCGUGAAGGUCCUGCAGGAGCUCAACAAGCAGCGAGAAACCGGCCAGUACUGCGACGCCACCCUCGACGUGGGGGGCCUGGUGUUCAAAGCGCACUGGAGCGUCCUCGCCUGCUCCAGCCACUUCUUCCAGAGCCUCUACGGGGAUGGCUCGGGUGGCAGUGUUGUCCUCCCUGCUGGCUUCUCUGAGAUCUUUGGCCUCUUGCUGGACUUUUUUUACACUGGUCAUCUUGCCCUCACCUCAGGAAACCGGGAUCAGGUGCUUCUGGCAGCCAGGGAGUUGCGAGUGCCAGAGGCUGUGGAGCUGUGCCAGAGUUUCAAGGCCCAAAACUUGGUGGGACAGGCCCCAAGUGGCCAGAGUGAGCUGGGAAAGCCUGCCUCCCAGGAUGGGAGCAGCUGCCUCAAGGAAUCAGCGGACUUGGAGGAAGAGGAAGUUGCAGGGACUCUGGGUCAGGCCCCCAGGGGUCAGGAUACUAGCAGCAGCCACAGCCCUCAGAGGCCCCCACUGUGCCCCCCUGCUCAGAGUGAGAGCCCCUCCUUUCUCCAUGGGAAGUUCAGGCAGGCCCUGAGGCCUGGUCCACCAGAGGACAAGGAGCCUGAGGACUGUAAAGUACCCCCGAGGCCCCUCGAGGCUGAAGGUGUCCAGCUACAGGGUGGGAGUCAUGAGUGGGAAGUGGUGGUCCAAGUCGAGGAUGAUGGGGAAGGCGAUUACGUUUCUGAGCCUGACACUGUGUCUGCCAAGAGAAAGUCCAACGUAAUCAUGAAGGCCUGUGCAGCUGAGCCAGCCCUGGGCUCAGGCUCCCCAAUGGCUGAGCCUGCUGAGAAUAGGAGAGGCGCAGUGGGGCCAGUCGAAUGCCCCACUUGUCAUAAGAAGUUUCUCAGCAAAUACUAUCUAAAAGUCCACAACAGGAAACACACUGGGGAAAAACCCUUUGAGUGUCCUAAAUGUGGGAAAUGUUACUUCCGGAAGGAGAACCUCCUGGAGCAUGAAGCCCGGAACUGCAUGACCCGCUCGGAGCAGCGUCCCCCCCACCCCAGGCAGACUCCUCCCAGCAGCGAGUGGAAGCCCGGGCAGAGGCUGCCGCCGUGGGCAGAGGCCCCCCCUGAUGCCGGCCCUGCUUGCCCCUCACACUGCCAGGUCUUCACAUGCUCCGUAUGCCAGGAGACCUUCCGCCGGAGGAUGGAGCUGCGGGUGCACAUGGUGUCCCACACGGGGGAGAUGCCCUACAAGUUCAUGCAGAAGAAGGACCUGCAGAGCCACAUGAUCAAGCUGCACGGAGCCCCCAAGCCCCAUGCUUGUCCCACCUGUGCCAAGUGCUUCUUGUCACGGACGGAGCUGCAGCUGCAUGAGGCCUUCAAGCACCGCGGUGAGAAGCUGUUUGUGUGCGAGGAGUGUGGGCACCGGGCCUCCAGCCGCAACGGGCUACAGAUGCACAUCAAGGCCAAGCACAGGAAUGAGAGGCCAUAUGUCUGUGAGUUCUGCAGCCAUGCCUUCACUCAGAAGGCCAACCUCAACAUGCACCUGCGCACGCACACGGGCGAGAAGCCCUUCCAGUGCCACCUCUGUGGCAAGACCUUCCGAACCCAAGCCAGCCUGGACAAGCACAACCGCACCCACACCGGAGAGAGGCCCUUCAGCUGCGAGUUCUGUGAGCAGCGCUUCACUGAGAAGGGGCCCCUCCUGCGGCAUGUCGCCAGCCGCCACCAGGAGGGCCGGCCCCACUUCUGCCAGAUCUGUGGGAAAACCUUCAAAGCUGUGGAGCAGCUGCGUGUGCACGUCAGGAGGCACAAAGGAGUGAGGAAGUUCGAGUGCACGGAGUGUGGUUACAAGUUCACACGGCAGGCCCACCUGCGGAGACACAUGGAGAUCCACGACCGUGUAGAGAACUACAACCCACGGCAGCGCAAGCUCCGGAACCUGAUCAUUGAGGAUGAGAAGAUGGUGGUGGUGGCGCUCCAGCCACCCGCCGAGCUGGAGGUGAGCUCAGCCGAGGUGAUUGUAGAGUCCCUGGCCCAGGGCAGCCUGGCCUCCCAGCUGCCCAGUCAGAGACUGUGUGCAGAUGAGAGCUUUGCGGGCCCAGGUGUCAUGGAGUCCUCACUCAUCAUCACAGCUGCCAUCCCUGAGGACUGUGACACGUAACCCACCCUGCCGCUGUGGCCCCAGCCCCCAAUAAACCACAUGGCUUUGGACUUGGGUAUUCUGGCAUAGCCACAGUCCUUUCCCCAGAUCAGGACUCCAGUGAUGCUUCUGUCCUCCAUGUCCUCAAGAAGUGGGGCCCUGCCUGACUCUUCCAGAGCACAGAGAUCAGCCAGUGGCUCUUUCCUACCUGAUUAGGAGACGGCAGCUUUGUAGGCCAUACCUCUGGCCCCGAACCCUCUUACAUCCAUUUUUUUGUCCCUCAUUCCCUCAGGACUUUAAUACUGGGAGCAUUAACCAGAUACGGCAAUAGUGUUGCUAUUUUAUAGUUGAGGUGGUAACAGUUAGUGGGGGUGGAAAUCACUAAGCCUUUUCAAGUCAGAUCAGAGUGAUGGCCUUGUUGGCUAGUCAAGACUCAGGCUCAGUUAGUGUAGCCGAUCACACUGGGGUCUGAGGAGGGCCGGGUUCAUGGCCAAGCAAGCUUUGGACCCUGGCUGGUACAAGCCCACCAGAGGUGACCCUUCCCUUAGGGGGCUCCCAGCUUGGUUGCUUGUACAGGAAGGCCUGGGGUGAAGGGAAGGCCAGGCCUAAGAUAGUGAGAAGCCUCGGUGGCUCUGCCUACAGCCCUGGUCUCCAGGUUCUCCAACUGCAGGGCAUUGUGGGGUGAGGUGCUGCAUGGCACUGAGGGAGAGUGUGUGGGCGCUGGUGGCACAGCACCUGUGCCUAAAUCCCUUCCCAGCUCUCAGCAAGUUACUAACCACUCCCUGCUUCCAUUUCCUCAUCUUUGGACAAAGUAAUGCAGCUUCACAGGCAUGGAUUAAAUGAGAAAUCCCACAGUUCCAGUUACCUACUACCGGGUAACAGACCACCUCAAAUUUAACGGGGGCUCGUGAUCUGCCGUCCAGGUGGCUCAUGCACCUGCCUGGAAAGUUGAUGCAGUUGGUGCUGGCUUUUGGCUGGUUGUUGGCUGGGACCUUGGCCUGGGCUCGGCAGGGCCUACGCUCCUCUCCACUGUUGCCGGGACUUCCUCACAGCAUGGAGGCUGGGUGGGUCCCAAGAGACGGCUGAGGCUGUCAGGCUCAUGUAUGAUCUGGCUUUGGAAGUCGUGUAGUGUCACCUGUCAUGUGCUGCUGGUUGAGGCAGUCACCAAAAAGUCACUUCCCAGAAUCAAAGGACAUGAGCACUACCACUUGAUGGGAGGGUUUUAAAGUUGCCCCACCCACACAGUAUUGAAGGACAGUGCUUGGCACAGGUAAACUGAAUCAGUAGUAGUGAUGACCAUGGCCCCAACAGAUGUAGAGCCUGGUAUGUAAAUGUGUCACUGGUGGCUUCCUGAAACUUCACCUCCACACUAAAUUCCUCCUGGAGUUUUUGACACUAGGAAAAAUUUUGUUUGAUCUAGAACCUGUCUUGACCAUUUUUCCCUUGACCUUGGAAGCUGAGGGCUAAGAACAGCAUUCAGUUGCACCGACGCCCUAGGUUUCUCAGUUCUUGUCCUGUAUAGGUUAUGAGCUGCUUCACAUCUUCCUUGGAAAGGGUAUUAAAAAACAUACCAUAGCCUCAAGACACUGGCCUUCCUGGCCCUGACACUGGCCCUUCCUCAGCUCAGGCCGGGUUUGUGUGCUUGCUCAGAGGGAGAUAUGGAAAGCGUUCCUAAGCUUCGUGUCGUAUGUGGACUCAGCUUGUUUUGGGAGUCUUCCAUUUUAAGGGCUCUACCUCCCAGGAUCAAGGCUCAUCCCAUUGCAGAGAGAUCAUUGCUAUUCUGCAUACAGCUUUAGGAGAAGGGGUUAGGGGAAAAGGAGGGGAGGAGGCUGAAGCCAGCUAGGUCCUGACUGUGCCAAGUAAGGUAAGGACUUCCCCACUUGGAAGUUACAAGGAUUAAGCCGUGUGCAUCCCUCAGUGUCUCCUGGGCUUGGCCUCUCCUUUCUCCAUGACUGCAUACCUUUCAAUGAUCUGAGAUGGGAAAGGACUCGAAUCACUUUGUAAACUAUGUCCCCAGAAGACAGCAUGAGCCCUGGGCUCCUCGGAUCUGCCCUAUCCCAGUCAGCACAGGGACCUCUCCACAUAGACCUCCUUUUUCCCCUCCACCCUUGGCCUCAUCCAAGAAUUCCCGCAU